AUGCAGGGUCUCGUCGAUUACGAGGACUCCGAUGAGGACGCUGAGCCCAAUGCGUCCGCGGAGGCCGUGAAGCCGCCGGACACAGAAACAUCGGAGAAGGUAGAGGCCGCCGCGCCGCCAGCGUUCAAGGCUUCCCCGCCCACCUCCUCACCGCCUUCGGGGCCCUCAAGCUCGCCGCCGGAGGGCUGGCGACCCCCCGCCAGCACCGCGCCGAGCGCGCCGCCCCAGGCAGAGCCACCCAAGGCCAUUCGGCCUCGUCCUGCCUCUGGGCCACCGCCACCGUCCCGCGACUGGUCCAACCCAUACAUCCUGGAGCGGUUGGUUCAGGAGCUGGGCCUGCAGCAGUAUGGGUCGAACUUCCCCAAGGAUGUCUUCGACCCCGAGCGCGUCGCGCAUCAUCCGUCCGACCUGUACGACGCGCCUGAGUGUGAACGGCCACCUCCGCCCAAGAGGGCCAAGAAGGCGCAUGAGAGGCGCAGCCUCGCUCCGGCGUCCCCGGGUCCCCCAGCAUCUCCUGCCCCACUGGGAGGGUCGACUGACAACCUGAACGGCUAUCUGGUCACCUGA